GGUGGGGGGAAACCUUAACUUACAAGGCAAUCCAUUUUUUUAACUUCUUUCACACAACGGUUUCCGGAAUCCUUGGAUCUUUUAUCAUACACAGAUGCAUAUCGUACCCGUUCCUACAAUACCAUACUUAUAUGAUACAUUGUUCUCCCCCCGCCAAGCAAGUCAAUCCCCGCCUCCCCCCCCCUCCGGAGUCUUCUCCACGAGCCCUUCCAGCCAUUGCAUCACCUCACAGUACGAGUACCAUCGCAACCCACACUCACUCACUUCACCCACCGCCACACUCCAAUAUCCACGAUCCUCAGAUGCCUCGAUGACUUGCGCUAGUUUACCCGCUCGCCCCCCCGCAUCUGUUGCUCGAUAGAUGAGGCGGUGGGUUGGGUGGAGUGCAGUGCAGUACAGUAAAGUACAGCAUAUCGCCAAUGAAGCCGUGCAGGUCCCGAACAUCCACCCACCUACGCAAAAGCGGCGGGACUGGUAAAUGUUUAUAUCCUUGGGAGGGGAGGGGUGAGUGGGGUUUUUUCAGAGAGAGAGGCGGAUGGAUGGAUAGAUGCGAACAAUUGUUUGUUCUCUCCCAUAUAGGGUGGGUGGUAUCACUAGAUAUCACUCGAGUAGGCGGUCUAGAUCAAGCGAAAGCCUACGUACCCACCACAUUCGCACUGCCCCCCGAUGACACCACUAGACUACCACAGCGACUACAAGUAAUCCCGCAGAUCGAGAGAGUACCGGCGUUUAUUCCGCGCGCUCUGGGUAUCGGUGGUACCGUCCCUCCCCUUACCCUGACUUGCUCGUGUUUUGCGGUACAGUAUUAUACCGGUACGGUAUGUUUGUCUGCGUAAUGUUAGGGCGGGUACGAUACUAUACGAGUACGAGUACAGUUCCUUAGGUUGGUUGGCUUGGCAUGAGCUCGGGCGAUGGAGAGGUGUAGAGGGGGGUUUUGUCAUUAUUUUUUUUCAGGUUGGGCUUGGGAUUUAUCAUAGUUUCACCUGUGAUAGUCAACCGCCGAGCUUGUGCGUGCGCGCGCGGGGGGGAGAGGGGAGGACAUUGUUUGCUUGCUGGUUUGUCCGGUGAUGUGAAUGAAUGUCUUUAAUAUGGACUUCGCGACACUGUGUUGUAUGGUAUCUAUCCAAGAUUAUGAUAAUAAUCUAUAUCGUUGAUCCGGGUUGCAUAUGCUGGGUGGGGUUUGCCGACGGGUUGUGGCUAAGGUUGUGAUUUUGGGGUGCGUUGGUGUGUACGGAAGCUGCCGUUAUAUCUGGGCCAGGGCGGAUCACUAGGGAGAUGGGCGGAAUGUGAAUCAAGAGGCCGAUGACCGCUCCCGUUCUAGUCUAAGGAAAAACUUGGCGCGGUUCCGGGGG